CGGAUUCAAUGGAAAAUGUGUCAGUUUUUUUAUACACCAGGGUGGAUAUUUUAAGUAACUUUUAUCAUAAAAUAUAUGAAAUUAUAUGUUCAUCUUCAGAUUCAGGAACCUUACGUAAUCUAAUUUAUAGAAAAAAACCCAAUUAUUUCGUGUUCUAAUUGCUCUUUGCGCUUCAAUAAAUUAUUUUAAAAUUCGACAAACAUCAUAGGAAAAACCAUCAUUCAACAUUAUCACCGCAACAACAACAACAAACAUCCUGAUUUAUAAUGACUUAGCAACAAUAUAUACGACAAAAUAUCUUUCACUCCUUUGCAACAAGGGGUUCGGCUUAUUUGAAUAUUUUAAUGUCAUACAAAAAUAACAUAAUCAAUUAUCAUGAGACGGUUCCCCAAACAACGAAAUCAUAUAAAAAACACACCACAACAUAUUGUGUUACAUGUUGUACAAACACAAAGAACCUGUACGCGAUGGAGAGGCAGCGUUUACAAAUUAGUAUGGAGAGAACUUGUAGCCUACUUGUGUGUAUAUUAUUCAAUUAAUUUAUUGUAUAGAUAUGGAUUAAAUGAACACCAACAAAGGGUAUUCGAACGAAUCCGAUUGUAUUUUGGCCAACAAAGCGAAACAAUACCAAUGUCCUUUGUAUUAGGAUUCUACGUUUCUUUAGUGGUAAAGCGCUGGUGGGAACAAUACAAAUUGCUACCCUGGCCUGACACUUUGGCCCUUUUCCUAAACGCUGGCAUACCCGGUGCGGGCGAGAGACAAAGACUAAUGAGACGAAACAUAGUGAGAUACGCUGUAUUAGCAUACGUGGUCACCCUAAUGAGACUAUCCUUAAGGGUGAAAAAACGUUUUCCUACAUGGCAACAUUUAGUCGACAGCGGUAUAAUGAUGGACAGCGAAAAGAAAAUCUUUGAAAUGAUGGACCAGAAAACUCCAAUGUCCAAGUAUUGGAUGCCGCUAGUUUGGGCUACGAAUUUGAUUAAUAGAGCUAGAAAAGAGGAGCUGACUACCAGCGAUCAUAUUGUACAAACGAUUUUACAGGAAUUGUCCGAUAUUAGGCGUAGAUUAGGGGCUUUGAUUGGUUAUGAUACUGUUUCGGUGCCACUGGUUUAUACACAGGUUGUUUCCUUGGCUCUUUACGUGUAUUUCAUAGCAGCUCUACUAGGUAGACAAUUUGUACCAAACGCCCCAGCAGAUAUGAAAGGCAAAUUAGAAGAACCUGAUAUGUAUUUUCCAUUUUUCACUGCUCUUCAGUUUUGUUUCUACAUUGGAUGGUUAAAAGUAGCCGAAGUAUUAAUCAACCCUUUCGGCGAAGACGAUGACGACAUUGAGCUUAAUUGGCUAAUUGACAGACACAUAAAAGCAGCCUACAUAAUAGUAGACGAAAUGCACGAAGAACAUCCAGAAUUACUUAAAGAUCAAUACUGGGACGACGUGGUACCAAAAGAAAUCCCUUAUACAGUUGCCUCGGAGCAUUAUAGAAAGGAGGAACCCAAAGGAUCAGCGGAAACGUAUAAAAUCAAACCAAUUGAUGGCUUAUAUGCUAAUCUAUUGCCUCAGCAUUAUAAAAAGAGCCUAGUGGAUGAUAUGUAUGCUGAUUAUGAAAGCGUCGAUACUCCUAUAGUAGAACGACGCAAAAGCCAAAAUUGGUUCUCCAGACAAAUAUCCAGAACCGGCAUGGGUUCGAUACGUUCGGCCUCUACUGCCUACUCUUCAGGUGGGAUUUUUUCCAGGCCGAGAGGCAAUUCGGUGUACGCCAACCCAGAAAACGGACAAAUUCCCAUUCAACAUAAAAUGUCCAUUUACGAUCGGUUGGUCGGCAGGAGAUCUGGACGAAAUCAGAAAUUUCGACCUAAUCAAAAAUUUGCCGGUGCAUCAGCAAUGCACAUCAAAAACCGACCAAGAAUACCAACCCCCGACGUAACGAAAGAAGUCGUCGAGCGAGAACACCAAAACCGUCACAUUUCGUCGCCGGGAAGUCACAGCAACAACCUACCAAGUCUCACUUUAAUGCCCCAACAAUUACCCAACUACCCAGGCUAUCAUCAUUCCAGCGAUGUACCUGUUGUCCAGGUAGUUUUAUCACCAAUUCAAGAACUAGACGGUUCCGGUUCGGUUAACAACACCCUUCACGCUCAUUCACCUGGUACAGCGGCACUAGCACAAGCAGUCCUGUCACCGACUCUAGGUCCAGUUAGUGUCCCAAUGACGGUAUCCCAACUCACCCAUUUGGGACUAAAUUCGGCACGCAACAGCCCCUUAUUUGCCAGAGCAUUUGAAACUCCAAACUUUAAAAAUCCCACAUUUCUGCAGGCAUUUGAACAAGGGGACAAGUCGCUGACUCUAACCGAGCUGGAACAGCACGAAUCUUCAAAUAGCUCGGUUGAUUCCAUUGGUACGGCUGAGGUUAGAGAUGAGCCGCCUUCGAUCACCAGCACGAUAAUCAGCGAUAAAAGUUCUAUAGUUGCGCCUGCGCUGGAGGAUGCCGACAAGCUGACUCGGCUGAGUCCUAGCGCGAGUGCACCCAAUAAUUUAAGCUCGCUUGGAGGUGAGAAUCAGGAGAAUUUGAAGGCGAGGAAAGUUUCUACGGUGUCGCAAGUGACUGCACCCAAACGAGGCGAAGUUUAUGUGUAAUGAUUGGAAUUGUUAUAGUUGAUUUGCCAUUUCUUACCGAAAAUUUCUUGUUAUUGUUAAUAAUAGAGUAUUUAAUUCUCUAUCGAAUAAGACAUGAUUCAUUGAAAUCGGUCCAGGCAUUCCAGACUUAUAGCCAAUGUGAGCUGGCUGGAAAAGUACAAUAGCUCCCUAUUGAAUUGAAGUUUUAAGUGUGCAAUUCUGAGUCGUAUUCAGCAAUGCAGUUCAGUUCAGAUAGAUCUCAACCGUUAAAAGUGUCACUUGUCAUAGGAGUUCAUUCAAAUCUGAGAUGGCGCUUGAACGCAGGUGCACUAAAUAGGUCUGUUUCCACAAAAAUUACGAACCAGUUGGAGCGUUUUUGAUUGGCCCAAAUCGCCAACAGCCAAUUUCCUGACUAUUUUCAACCAAUGAAAGACUGGUUUGUGAUUUCUGUAGAAACAGACCUAUAAUUAUGUCUCGGAAUCCAAGCGCCGAAAAUAACUAACUCCAUAAAUAAUAACUCAAUCCCUUUGAGUUUUUAGUAUUUUUUACAUUGAGCCUUUAGGAAAUAGUCCUCAAAAUUUCACCUUUCCACUCACUCCAGUUUUUGAGUGAAAAAUUGUUUGUAGAGUAUUACUUUAUAAAACAUCAUUAUUUUAUAAAAGUCAUAACUAUAUUAAUCAUAACUCAAUCUUUUUGAGUUUUUAGUAUUUUUCACAUUGAAUCUUUAGAAAAAAGUCCUCAAAAUUUCAACUCUCCACUGACUAGUUUUUGAGUGAAAAAAAUGUUUGUAGAGUAUUAGGUACUUUACAAUACAUCAUUAUUUUAAAAAAGUCAUUCCAUUAAUAAUAACUCAAUCCCUUUGAGUUUUUGGAAUUUUUUACAUUGGAUCUCUGGGAAAAAGUCCUCAAGAUUUCAACUUUCCAGUUACUUUAGUUUUUGAGUGAAAAAAUUGUUUGCAGAGUAUUACUUUACAAAACAUCAUUAUUUAAAAAAAAUUAUAACUCCAUUAAUAAUAACUCAAUCGUUUUGAGUUUUUAGUAUUUUUUACAUUGAAUCUUUAGGAAAAAGUCCUCAAAAUUUCAACUCUCCACUCACUUUAGUUUUUGAGUGAAAAAAUUGUUUGUAGAGUAUUACUUUACAAAACAUUAUUAUUUCAAAAAAAUCAUAACUCCAUUAAUAAUAACUCAAUCGUUUUGAGUUUUUAGUAUUUUUUACAUUGAAUCUUUAGGAAAAAGUCCUCAAAAUUUCAACUUUCCACUCACUUUAGUUUUUGAGUGAAAAAAUUGUUUGUAGAGUCAAAGAAUAUUUAUAGAACAUCAUUAUUCUUAAAAAAAUCAUAACUCCAUUAAUAAUAACUCAAUCCUUUUGAGUUUUUAGUAUUUUUUACAUUGAAUCUUUAGGGAAAAGUCCUCAAAAUUUCAACUCUCCAUUCACUUUAGUUUUUGAGUGAAAAAAUUGUUUGUAGAGUAAUACUUUACAAAACAUUAUUAUUUAAAAAAAGUCAUAACUCCAUCAAUAAUAACUCAAUCCCUUUGAGUUUUUAGUAUUUUUUACAUUGAAUCUUUAAGAAAAAGUCCUCCAAAUUUCAACUUUCCACUCACUUCAGUUUUUGAGUGAAAAAAUUGUUUCUAGAGUAUUACUUUACCAAACAUCAUUAUUUCAAAAAAGUCAUAACUCCAUUAAUAAUAACUCAAUCCCUUUGAGUUUUUAGUAUUUUUUACAUUGAAUCUCUAGCAAAAAGUCCUCAAAAUUUCAACUUUCCACUCAUUUUAGUUUUCGAGUGAAAAAAUUGUUUGUAGAGUCUUACUGUACAAAACAUCAUUAUUUUAAAAAAAUCAUAUAGGAAAUUCGUGUCACACUUUUUCUUAUACUACUUUAUUUCUGUUUCAUUCUUAUUUAUUGAAUUUUUUAUAUUGCUGUCUCUUCAUUCUUGCAAGCUCUUGACCACUCAAGCGCCGGGAAUAAUCAAAGUUUGCGUCACUAUUUAAUCUAUUUCACUCUAUCACUGUCCUUUUCUUAACCAUUGAGUUUCCUAAGAUAAAUAUCUAUCUUUCAGAAUCUUUCUGGAAAUGCUUUAAGCGCGAAUCUGUCAAGACUGUCAACAAUAUGUCACUAGUCAUCAAAGUUUCUCCAAAUCUAAGGUGGCGUUACAUUGAACUAUCAACGUUGGAGUUGUGUUCACCUAAAUCUAAGGUGGCGCUUAUUACACUAACGAAUAAUAAUUAUCACUCAGAAUCCUACUAGAGAAAUGCUGAAAACUAUGAGUUUCAAGCGCGAAUCUGUUACACUGUCAAAUUAAUAAUGUCACUUGUCAUUGGACGUUUGUUUCUGAGCAUUAAAACGGUCUCAGAUCUUGUUAUAUCAGACUCAGAUCCUGUUCAGCAAGUUUGCAAACUACAAGGUGGACUGUCAACAAUGUCACUUGUCGUGAAAAGUUUCUGAGCAUUAUAAAGAUCUAAGAUCUUGUUCUAUCUGACUCAGAUCGUGUUCAGUAGGAUUGCAAAGUAUUCCCGAAAUUCGAAUAUCCAAAAAAAAAGUAAGAUAAUGCAAUUUUGCACUAGCUGACGUCACACACAUAACCUCACUUUUGUGGGACAAAUAUGUCAUUGAGGUUAUGUGUGAGACAUCAGCUAGUACCUUUCACCAUUUUGAGGCGAUUCGUUCAUUAAAUUAACUAUAAUUUUGACGUUUCUGAACCGAUUUCAAUGAAUCAAGUCUUAUUCGAUAGAGAAUUGAAUUCUCCACAACAAAUUCGAUAGCAGCAAAAUACAACCUGGCAUUUUCGGUAUAGUAGGGAUGGCAAAAAUGUCUACGUUGAAUAGUGAUGUUGUAAAUAAAUGGUAUAAAUAUUUUUUUUUUUUUUUUAGUGGAAAUAUGAUAAUAUACUCCAGCUUUAACAUAUUGAUAUGAAUGCAUAUUAGGGUCUUUUGUAUGUUAUUUUAUUUAUAAUAAAUGUUAUUUAAUGUAC